AUGACUGUAUUCUAUGAGGGAACACUGCAGGAGGGCAUUGCUCUCGCUGUGAAGGAGGCCAAGGCAGUGGUUUGCUUUGUCCGAGAGGUUCCAGCCACAGCUAAUCGUGUUUGGCGUGCAGAUGAUGCCCAGUUGAGCUCGACUUGGGAAGAAGAGUAUUUCACAGAUAAUGAGAGUCGCAACCUGUCAGUGCUGACUACUCCUAAGGUUGCGCAAGCUCUCGGCGACAAAUCGGUCUCGUUGCGCCUCACUGCUGGAACGCAGGAAGCUGGGUUCCUGAGCUCAUUCUGUCCGAUCGCCGAGUUCCCCGCUCUUAUUGUGAUCAAGAAUGGCAAGCCAGAGGAGUAUCUGCUGCCCGGUGUAUCGAAGGACGAGUUUAAGAGCCGAAUUCUCGCAGUACUAGAUGGAAACAAUGCCCCUUCUCCGACUCCUGUUCAGCAACCACAAGCCAACGCAACUGCCGUAAAUAAUACGUCGCCUUCAAACCGGACUACUUACCCAUCCGCUGCCACUAUGAUCUCGGCGCAGAGACAGCAACCGCAAAGCACAAACUCCGCUUCAAGCGUUACACCAAAUAAGUCACGAGAAAGCACACAGUCCAAGAGCCAAUCAGUCAAGCAGGCACCACCUAAGCCCACGCCCCCGAAGCCCCAGCCAGGGAAACAAGACCAAGGCAAGAAACCAGCACAGGCACCAGAGAAGAAAGCGGCAACGUCUCAAAAACCAGCCAAACCAGCCACUAGUAGGCCCCCUGCGCCUACCGUUGAAGAUGAGGAGCCACAUCCUCAGCCGCGAGCUCCCCGAGGCCCUCCCAGCCAGUAUCGACUGCAAGUACGCCUAUUCGAUGGCCGUUCCAUCCGAUCAAGCUUCACACCCACGCAGACAAUUCGCAAUGACGUACGUCCAUGGCUGGACGAGCAAAUGACCGAGGACAAACGGCCCUACAACCUCAAACACGUCCUCACUCCCCUACCCAGCCGCACGCUCUCCAUGUCCGAAGAAUCCCAGGCUCUCCAAGAUCUAGGCCUCGGCUCAACUGCAAACUUGGUUAUGGUCCCUGUCGCAUCUUACACGGAGGCUUAUGCAUCCGCGGCAGCCGGUUUACCCGCACGUGGUAUCUCUGCCGUCUAUAAUGUGGUUUCGUCCGUUGCAAGCUCGGCGACUAGCCUAGUGGGCUCGUUCAUUGGGUAUGGCUCAAGUGCGCCGGAAAGUGAGACGCAAGCAUCGUCGUCUACUCCUCCGUCUUCUGAGGGUACUCGACGGCCACGAACGGGCGGAUUGAAUAUCCGCACGCUGCAUGAUCAGCAGAAUGAACGUGAUGACAGCCAGUUUUACAAUGGAAAUCAGCUGAAUUUUGAGCCGCGGGAUCAGAAUCGCAAGGACGAUUAA